CGACAUUCUACUGGUUUUCGAGAAAGUCGUUUCAUUUCCAUUCACUUUAUACAUCAAACGCUUGCAUUGAUAGCUCUUCGCAACAAUCUGGACGCAUUUUGUGGUUUGUUGAUGAGCAAACCGAACAGGUAAACGGAGACCUUUGCGCGAGCUUGAACUCCUCGGGGUCAGGUGACGGGAAUAAUUCGCGGUAACACACUCGCGAGCGUCUCCACGAUCUUCUCAUUUUUAUCUCUUUCUUCUUCCCGCUUGGAACCAGCGUAUUUUUAUCAUCUAGCUAACUCUGCAUCCUAUCGAUUUUUUUUUAGACGCGAAGAUGAUCAAGCUGGAGACCAUGUGUCUGCAGAAUAUGUGCGAGGUGGUAAUGGAGGAGUCCCAAGACUUUAGUUACGAGGAAGAGAAGCCACUCAAUUCAACAAGGAGGCGCCGCGGUGGACACGUGCAGGAUGACAUCGAGAGGCAUACGUGCUCGCGAUGCUCGAAGAGCUAUAUACAUGCGUGGCAUUUGAAGAGGCACACAAAAUUCGAAUGCGGCCAGGAGCCGAGAGUCCAGUGCCCUUACUGCUCCGCCAAGAUGAAGCAACGCGGUCACGUUUACAGGCACAUCCGCCAGUGCCACCGAGGAGAAAAUGUUUUCGUGAUCGAUCUUAAUUGAUAAUUCACGAAGAUGAGACUGAUAAAUUUCAAUAUGGCCAUCCAACAGAAUUUCGAAUUUUCAAUAUAAUA